ACGUCGGGGAAGCGAUGGCGGCCCGUGCUGCUCUACCGUAUUGGCUUUAAACUGUUCUCAGAGGUGAGAAAUUGUCCGCGUUUUCUUCUCGCUUUCUCAAAGGUUCUCUGAAAGAGACGGAAAGCGCAUAGUGCUUUUAAUGCUGCAGCAGAUGGACAGUCGCACUUCUCCGGGCUUUUGGCAGAACGGAGACGUUUGUUCGACACUCCGGUUGGUUUGACCAUCUUAGCCAACGAGCAUUUGAAGACUUCACAGAGCCGGACAGAGAAACUACCUCUCUAAAGAUAAAGACAUUCACCAAGUAAUAUUUUCUACGCGCACUUUUUUAACCGCUGCACUUUUGCGCCCUCCGUGCGUUGAUUUGAAUCAUAUCAAGACGCGGGAGCUGCGUCGGGACGCUCCGGUGCGGUGUGAAGUUGUGAAUGGUUGGCAGGAUCUUAUUUCCACAGGUGUGUUGUAUUGCUCUUGUCGGCGGUGUAAAUCACACCUCACGGACUCUGGUGUUAUGGUUGACAUGCUAAAGACGCGCCAGUGUCUGCUCGGUGUGCGGACUUUCCUCGGUGUGACGUCCAGAAUAUGGAGCUUCUUUUUAUACAUCCUCAGGAAGCACAUACGGACGAUAAUCCAGUAUCAAACAGUGCGAUAUGACAUCUUACCAUUGUCACCCGUUUCCAGAAACAGACUCAAUACCGUAAAGCGAAAGAUCUUAGUUUUAGAUCUCGACGAGACAUUGAUCCACUCGCAUCACGAUGGAGUUCUCAGACCUACAGUACGGCCUGGUACUCCACCAGACUUCAUCCUUAAAGUGGUAAUAGACAAACACCCGGUCAGAUUCUUUGUACAUAAAAGGCCGCAUGUAGAUUUCUUCCUGGAGGUGGUCAGUCAGUGGUAUGAAUUAGUAGUGUUCACUGCUAGUAUGGAGAUCUAUGGAUCUGCAGUAGCUGAUAAGCUGGAUAACAACAAGGGAAUCCUGAAAAGAAGAUACUACAGACAGCACUGUACGCUGGAUUCAGGUAGUUAUAUUAAAGACCUGUCCGUUGUACAUGAUGACUUAUCAAGUAUAGUCAUUCUUGACAACUCGCCGGGAGCAUAUCGCAGUCAUCCAGAUAAUGCAAUACCUAUAAAGUCAUGGUUUAGUGACCCUAGUGACACAGCACUUCUUAAUUUGCUGCCCAUGCUGGAUGCACUAAGAUUCACGGCAGACGUACGAUCCGUCCUGAGCAGAAAUCUCCACCAGCAUCGACUCUGGUGAUCAUCCGACCGAGGGCUUUCUUCAAGUCCGCUCUUCUUUUUUUGUUUUGUUUUUUUCUUCCAACUUCCCUACGUGACAUCUGCCUGUCCGUUCUUCCCCGACUCGUCGCCUCCCAGAAACGGCCUUAUUCGUGAGGCCCGUCGGGAGGAGAGUCAGUCAUGAACUCAAAGGGGACAGCAAAGGCAAACUUUAGGAUGUUUCGGGAAGCUUUUUUGCCUCUGUUUUAUCCCCUUCUUCAAAAUGGAGUCUCUGCCUUACAGCUCUACCUAUGCUGAUCGUGUGCGUGUGCGAGUUACGUUUGUGGUAUGUGUGUAUGAGGACAUCUGCUGUUUUCCUUUUUAAAUAUUUGAAGAUAUUUGCGGCAAGAAAAAAGACCUUUUGCGUGACUUGCGUCUUCAAUCCCCGCUCGGGACGUCAUACCUCACUUCUAAAGGUGGUGCGAAUAGAGAUCUGCUCAACGGAUCGGCUCAGAAGUGGCCACCAACACCCUGCACAUCUAAUAGAGUUCACUGGAAAACUAUUGAUGACACGAUUAUGACAGACCGGUAGAUUUCAGGGUUAUUAUGGUAGAGUUGUAUAUGCUAUUAUUGAGGUACUGUCUUGGAAGAAAAAUGGGUUUUAAUGACUUCAGUAUGGUAGGCCUGUCUAAAUUCGGAUCAUGGAGAAAAUUCAUACAUUUUAUUUUUCUGGUCAACUCUCGUCCUGUUUUAAUCUUGGCAGUAAAUGAAUUCAUCGUGAUUAUCAGGGAGGAUGUAAUAGAAUAUGAGCUCUGAAGAAGCUGAAUGACAGAUUUUAAGCCUUUCUGCUCUAAUUCUUCUCUACAGAAUGUACGUGGUUGGUUAUGAAAUCCUACCACUUGGACGCCUUUUUACAAAUGUGUUUUUUUUUUUUGUUUUUUUUUUCUUUCCUGAAAAUGUAAUAAUGGCAAGACUUGAAUUUCUAAAACUUCAUUGUAUUGAAGAGCUGACUGAGCGACAGACACCUUUUUUUACUCAAGGCCUUGUUGGUUUCUCUGUGCACCUGUCAGAUAAUGUCAGUUCUAUUCUCAUCAAUCUAACACUUGUUAAGUCUCAAGGCAGCUUCCUGGGACACAAGUCCAUAGACCUGUGCACGUUACUAAUAAAAACGUGUCACUAUGCUAUA